AAAACUACUAACAUUUACUUUUAUAGAAAAUAGGAUAAAGUUUCCGAAAGUCUUCUUGUCUCUCCCAAAUCCCAAUCUUACUUGCGAGUUACUUACUUUAAUUUCCUAAAAUAACCCUAUCCCACGCAAGUAAUCCUCUUUAACCAAAAAAAAAAGAAAAAAAAAGAGCUUCAUAACAAAACAAGGUAGAAAGUCCUCUCUUUUCACCGUUCAAUUUUAGUUUUACGCCCCCUCCAAAAAAAAAAAAAAAGAAAAUCCUGUAAAAGUCUAGGGUUUUCCUAAAUAACGCUUCCUCCUAGAUCCUACUCUUUGAAAAUAAAUAAGAAAUCUAUUUUUUUCCCUUGUAAUUCAAGGCUCUUUGGGUUAUUGAUUUCUCUUCGGCUUUUAGGCGAUCAGUUUUGAAUUUGGUCUUUGCUUCAUUACAAAGUUUGCUUCAUCUUCUCUUUUCCUUUUUGAAGUUUAGUCGAGUUGGUUUCGGUCCGCAAUAACGUGAUGGCUACGACGGGGGAGGAAGAGGUGGAGUACGAGAGUGAUCCAGAGGAGGUGAAGCGUUCGCUGGGGAUGCGGAGGAGAGAGGCGGCGAGUGACGAUGAGGAAGGUGAAAGGGAAGAGGUUAAUAACACUGAGGGGAGGAUGGAUCGGAAGGCUGCGAUUCGGUCCGAUGAAUCCGAUGGUCAGGGCGGUGCUGCAGAUUAUGAUGAUGACGAAGAAGAAGAAUCAGACUUGGAAGGAGACGAAGUAGUAGAAGAAGAAGUAUAUGAUGAAGAGGAGGAAGAAAUUGAUGAAGAGGAGAUGGAGGAAGCAAGGAAAGGAGAGUUGCAAGUGAAUGUGGAGAAAACUGGAGAAGAUGUAAAAGACGCACCGGUGGUUGAUGAGAGUAGGAAUGUGGAUGACGGAGUGGACAUUAAUAAUAAUCAUGUAGGAGAGGAAAAUGAAGAAGAAAAGAAGGAAAAUGAGCCAUUUGCUGUGCCGACUGCUGGGGCGUUUUAUAUGCACGAUGAUAGAUUCCGAGACAAUGUUGGCGGUCGUCAUAGGCGAACACAUGGUGGAAGAAAAUUGUGGGAAUCUAAAGAUGAUAGGAAAUGGGGACAUGACAAAUUUGAGGAGAUGACAUUGCAAGAAAAGCAUUAUGAAGACGGAAGAUCUUCUAGAGGUAGAUAUCGAGCUCGGAGUAAAAAUACGGAUCCAGAUAGUGGUUAUCCUAGGGGAAGUAGGACCAAAGCAUUGGGGAAAAGUAAUAAUCAGACCCAUGCUUCUAAGGCAUUAAGAGGGAGAGGACCUAGGAGGUAUGAACCUAGUAUGAGAAAGAGCAGUCAGGCAACUCCAACACUAAACAAAUCUUCCGGGAAGCCUCUUGAGAGAACUUCACAAACCAAUUCAAGUAGAGCUCCACAAACAAAUGCAGACACUGCAUCAGCUUCUGCUAGGAAACAUAUUGUUGAAUCAAGCUUGAGUUCUGCUUCUCCACCCUUUUAUCCUUCAGGGUCUUCCAGCAAAGACAUUACUUUAGCUCAGAAGAAGGACGUGCUAGCUGGAAACCUAAGCAGGAAGUUUCACCUUUCUGUUACGGAUGAGAAUUUUUCUGUGUCACAAUCCGAUUCAUUACAAGGGAAGAAUGUACUCGAUUCUCUCAGCAUGGCAAAGCUUUAUAUAGAUGAUUCCAGCACGUCAACUUCUGUGAAGCCUUUAACCAACAUGCAGAUGCUACCUUCAGGACCUUCAUUGGGUAAUACUGGUCAACCCUCUCAGUCCAGGGUACAGGGUAGAGGUGUAGCUAUUCCAGGACCGAAGGCCUAUCAUCCUGCUCCACAUCAUAACCAAUUAAACAGAGUUUCUCCACCAACGCAGGUGAAUUCUGUUCAGGGAAAUCCUGUUCAUGGCAGGGCUAUCUCUUCCGUACAAGCAGCUGCUCAGCAGUUGGGCCAGCAUCCUGGUAUUGGGUCUCAAGCUUCCUCUCCUCCAAAAACAGCUAUGUCAGUCAGUUCCUAUGAAUCUGGAGAGGUUGAAUCGUCAGAAACAAGUAAAUCCAAGGGUGCAUUGGUGAGCAAGGGAAAAAGCAGUGCUCAAGGAGCUGGAAAGGGUUCUUUUCUAUAUGGUGGAGCUCAGAUUAUGGGAGCUACUGGGAGUAUUGCUGUUAACCAUGGUGAUCAAAACUUUCCUGCCUUUUUGCCUGUUAUGCAAUUUGGGGGUCAGCACCCUGGUAGCCUUGGUGUUCCUGCUGUUGGCAUGGCAUUCCCUGGAUAUGUUGCCCAGCCGCAACUUGGAAGGGGAAAUUCUGAAAUGACAUGGCUGCCAGUAUUGACAGGUGCUGCUGGGGCUCUAGGGGCAACAUAUUGUCCACCUUAUAUUGCAGUUGAUGGGUCUUAUCAUGCUCGUCCAUCGGGACAGAUAUCUUCAACUGGAUCCUCAAGUAAAGAAAAUACUUCUAACAAGCCAAAUAACGAAUGGAAGCCUUCCCAGAGAACUGAGCUUAGUGAUGAAUUUGGGCAACGACAAAAUAACCCAAAUAAACAGCCUCGCAGAUAUUCAGAAAUGAGCUUUAGCAAGUGAUUCGCUUAUUGAAGAUGGAGCCCGUCCAAAUAAAAUUGAUGAAGGCCUUCCUUUCAGGCCCUUUGUGUUCCCCAGCUUUUGACCUGGACCACUUUGGGCUGCAACUUGUUCCAGGAUAGUGUAGUUAUAUAUGACAAACGCCUGCUCAUGCUGCAGUCAGUUCAAGUAUGGUAGUGUGGCUUGACAGGUGGCAUUCGCUUUGUUUAAAUGUGCGGUUUUUCUUGUGGCUCGGUUUUCUAAUGAAGCUUCUGAGAGGUUUUAGGCGGGCUUCUUUAUAAGAAGUAUGAACAAGAAUGAUUGUGCAGCUGCUGUUUGCUUGAUGAACCUUAGUUUUAUUGUUAUUAUUUCCUUCUUUUUUAUUUGCACAGAUGGUGUUAUUAUUUCUCUUUGGUGAGCACGCUUGCCUGGUUUUGAGAGUACGUGAUCAAUGUUUGAGAUUUUGAAGGCUGAUACAUUGCACAGUUUGAUUCUGCUCUUGUUCAGUGGAUUCCUUUAAUUUUAUCAGUGCAAAUCAUUUUGAAGUUGGAAGA